GCCUCUUCCAAACAUGCCUAACUAUGAAGAUUCGACAAAAGAAACAAGAACAACUUCAUGCUCUUGUUAUAUCUGGCUCACUGCUCGGGCAACCAGCCAUCCAAAAGUUAUACAAGGGAGAGCACAUACCUUAAAUGUAUUGAGUGAAAAAAACUCCACCAAUGGGUUGACUGCUUUGUCAGUUGGGUCAGAAUUAAAAAAUCAUGCAACGACAGCUUCGGAAUGUGGUCGGAGCAAGCUGGAGAAUCCAUUCAUGGCGUAUUUUGAAGAUUUUGGCUCAAUUAUAAAGUUAAUUCGAUUGACGACCCUAAAUAUAUAAUCAAUUAAAAAAAAAACUGUCGUUGAAUUUUCAUCAAAACACAUAUGAAUUUAUAUAA